AUGGCCUUAGACCACCACCAGAUGGUCGUCGAUAAAGGCGAUCUCACCGUUUCUCUUGGUGACUGGGGAAUUGGUAAAGCUCUCGAAAGCUCCUACCUACGUCCGGACAACGUACUCCCAGCAAAUACGGUUGCCAUGGCUGCCCGGGUCGCCUUCGCCGGGUUUCGUCGGGUCGGGGAAUUGACAUACUCAGCUGCUGAACAAAGGAAUACGCAAAUCUUCGUUGCUACUAAGUUAACCUGGGGGGAUAUCAGAUUCUCCCCUACCAUGGACCACAUCCUCCUCACUUUAACGAGAAGUAAGACCGACCGAAACCACGAAGGUGUCAAUAUUGUCCUUGCAGCGACAAACGACGCGGCCUGCCCCGUUGAGGGCCUUUCUAAGCUACUCAUCCAUGAUUCACAACCUUCAACUGCUCCUUUUUUUUACGCUCUCCUCCGGGCUAUUCACCUCAGCUGCCUCCCAAUGUGCCGUUAUCGCCAAGCUCAAACGCUCUGGGGAAGAUACCACAGGACUUAA